CUUAUUCCGGUCCGCUAGCAUUGUGCUCGUUGUCCUGACGAGAACACAAUUGAAUCUGCUAUAGAGCCAAGAAAUAUGAAACUGCCAUAAUUGGCUAUCAAUUGCACCAGCUGCAGCCUCUGGCUGUGCUCCUGCAUUCGGUGUUCGGUGCUUUCUGCCAAUUGUGACGGCAAUUAAGUUGAACCCCAGUGCCCUGCCCAGCGCCUAGAUUGCGACCCCUCACUCCGCCGACUCCGCCCCUCUUUUAAAAGUAAGCAAAAUCCCCGACCCUUCUCCCAUCUUUUUUCCCUGACUAUUCUCCCCCGCCCCUCACCUUUUCCAUUCCCUCCCAUCGGCAGGUUAGUUCUACCACCAAACUAUCUUAUCCUGUGGCUUCAUUUUAACCAACAGUCGUCAUACAGCUUCCCCCACAUCACAUCAAAAUGUCCAACUUCAAGGUCGCUGAUAUCUCCCUUGCUGCCUUCGGGCGCCGCGAGAUCGAGCUCGCUGAGAACGAGAUGCCCGGUCUCAUGAAGACCAGAGAGAAGUAUGCUGCCGACCAGCCUCUCAAGGGUGCCCGCAUUGCUGGCUGCCUCCACAUGACCAUCCAGACUGCUGUCCUCAUCGAGACCCUGACCGCCCUCGGUGCUGAGGUUACCUGGACUUCCUGCAACAUCUUCAGCACCCAAGACCACGCCGCUGCCGCCAUUGCUGCCACCGGUGUGCCGGUCUUCGCCUGGAAGGGCGAGACCGAGGAGGAAUACAACUGGUGCUUGGAGCAGCAGCUCGUUGCCUUCAAGGACAACAAGAAGCUGAACCUUAUCCUUGACGACGGUGGUGAUCUCACUCACCUGGUCCACACCAAGUACCCCGAGAUGCUCGCCGACUGCUACGGUGUCUCUGAGGAGACCACCACUGGUGUUCACCACCUCUACCGCAUGCUCAAGGAGGGCAAGCUCCUUGUUCCUGCUAUCAACGUCAACGACUCUGUCACCAAGUCCAAGUUCGACAACUUGUACGGCUGCCGCGAGUCCCUCAUUGACGGCAUCAAGCGCGCCACCGACGUGAUGAUUGCUGGCAAGAUUGGUGUUGUUGCUGGUUUCGGUGAUGUUGGCAAGGGCUGUGCUCUCGCUCUCCAGGGUAUGGGUGCCCGUGUGCUCGUCACCGAAGUUGAUCCCAUCAACGCCCUCCAGGCUGCCAUGGCUGGUUUCCAGGUGACCACCAUGGAGAAGGCCGCCAAGGUCGGCCAGAUCUUCGUUACCACCACUGGCUGCCGUGACAUUCUGGUUGGCAAGCACUUCGAGGCCAUGCCCAACGAUGCCAUCGUCUGCAACAUCGGUCACUUUGACGUUGAGAUUGACGUUGCCUGGCUCAAGGCCAACGCCCAAUCUGUCCAGAACAUCAAGCCCCAGGUUGACCGUUUCCUCAUGAAGAACGGCCGCCACGUCAUCCUUUUGGCUGAGGGCCGUCUCGUCAACUUGGGCUGCGCCACUGGCCACAGCUCUUUCGUCAUGUCGUGCAGCUUCACCAACCAGGUGCUCGCUCAGAUCAUGCUCUUCAAGAACAACGAUGAGGCUUUCGCCAAGAAGUAUGUCGAGUUCGCCAAGAGUGGCAAGCUCGAGAAGAAGGUCUACGUCCUCCCCAAGAUCCUCGACGAGGAGGUUGCCCGUCUUCACUUGGACCACGUCAACGUCGAACUUGAGACUCUCACCAGCGUCCAGGCUGAGUAUCUCGGCCUCGACGUUGAGGGUCCUUACAAGAGCGACCACUACCGCUACUAAUUUCCUUUCCCUUUUCUAAUAUAUCUUGUGUUCCGCAAACCUGCAGUGGUUACCAGGGGACACUGGGCUUUCUACCAGGGAUCUCGUUCAACAACACCGAUCUUGGACAGGUCUUGACGGCAUGUAAUGGGGUUUUGGGGCAUUGUUUUCAACAGGCAUGACUUGCAUGAUUCAUCUAGGGUUUGGGCAGGGUAACUUAAAAAUGGCUGGGGGCAUGGUACGCAUUUUCAACAAAAAGUACGGCGUUGGCUUUGGCUCAUGAUAUCCACCCACACCCACACUGGCAGGCGUUAAACAUUGGGGCGCUGGAGCGCCUACAUCUUAUGGCGAGAAAAGUAGAAGAGAGAAGGGACGGUUAGAGGACACGACCCCGUCAACCGAGGUCUUGCGAAUAGAGGGACAACACAAUAAAAUACCCAGUCCUUUUUGUGUGU